AUGAGCUUAUUAACGAUUGGUGCCUCCAACUUUGGGUCCCUUGAAUCUCUUUGUUUAUGCGUUUUAUCCUAUAAGUUAUUUAAUCACCGCUCUGAAUUCCCUACUCCUUCAAAGGCCUUUUCUUCUUUGAAACCUUACUUUAUUAUUCCAAUAGUAUGCUUGUUAUUCAGUCUUUCUUCAAGCUUUUUGGCUAAGCCAAAUUCCUCUGUUAUUACAAUACUAUCUGGCACUUUUUGUGUAAUUUUUUCCGUUUUGUUACGUGCCUUCUACCUAGAGCCUUCGAAAAGACAAGAGAAAGCAGAAGUUAAGCUGCUUAUCUUUUCUUUGUUAAUAUGCUGCUUCAGUCAAUUUGGAUUGGUUCCAAUUAAAUAUCUCGACAUUUCAGUUACUCGUUUCGCUCUAUCGUCUUUGAUUUCGAUAUUCUGCAUAAACUACAAUGAUUUGGAUAUAAUUAAUUACAAUUUGGACCUCAGAGACGUUCGUGUACAGUUAGCAGUAGGUUCUGUUGUCGCGCACCAUUUUGUUUCCAACGGGCUUUUUAGGGGAAUUAUAAGAACAUAUCAGUUUUUUUUCUCGUAUUUCUAUGUUGGAUCAGGCUUCACUAAUACUCUGAAGCUUCCUGAUAACAGUCGAAUUGUGUGUACAUAUAAAACAUUUGUGGUUGAUGGCAUACUUGCUGACAAGGAAUCCAGGAGCAUAUUCUUCUUUUUCCUUUUAAAUCUUUUUUACAUGAUGGUACAAGUUUUUUAUGGUUUUUAUACGAACUCUUUAGGAUUAAUAUCUGAUGCCAUACAUAUGGCCUUCGAUUGCAUUGCCGUUUUUGUGGGUUUAGUGGCUACUGUUUUGGUAAAACUUCCUUCGAAUUACGCAUAUCCUUUUGGUUUUGCAAAAGUUGAAGCUCUCUCUGGCUUUACGAAUGGGAUUUUUUUGAUUUUGAUAUCAUGUUCCAUUGUAUGUGAGGCGUCGUAUCGACUGUUCCAUCCCCCCAAUAUGAAUACCGAUCAACUUUUGCUUGUGAGUUUCGUUGGUCUGGUCGUGAAUUUGGUAGGCAUCGUGGCCUUUAAUCACGGACAUGCCCAUGGUCAUGGAACUUGCUCACAUGGUCAUCAGGAGUUAGCACUACCAAACAGCACUGAUGAUGUUAAUAUAUACGAGGAAUUUAAUAAUCACAAUCACGACUUGCAAACACACUCUAUUUUACAUGAUCACCAAGAAGACCGUCCGCAUGAACAUUCUCAUGAUCAUUUAGACCACUCAGACUUAAAAGAAAAACAAGAAUGUAUGCCUCAUGUUGGUCAUCAGUCGCACAGCCACCAUGAUGGUCACGGUCAUCACCAUCAUCAUCAUGUUGAAAAUAACAAUAUGCAGGGAAUUUUUCUUCACAUAUUGGCAGACACUAUGGGUUCUGUUGCUGUUAUCAUCUCUACAUUGCUUAUCAAAUGGUUUUCUUGGACAGGCUUUGAUCCUUUGGCUUCCAUGGUAACCGCUGUUUUGAUAUUUAUUUCUGUCAUACCUCUUAUAAAAAAUUCGGCAAAAAAUUUGUUAACAGUAACGGAUUCAGAGUCAGAAUAUACCUUGAAACAAUGUCUUUCGGACAUUAGUGUUAUGAGAUCUAUUAUAAGUCUGUCUAAUCCAAAAUUUUGGAAAAAUGAAAAAGGUGAGUUGCAAGGGAACUUACAUCUUCAGGUUAGUAUAGAAGGUGAUUUGAAUGUUACGAGAAACGAGAUUUAUAGAAAACUCAAAGCGGCUCUUCCGAACCUAAAAGAUGUAUGCAUACAAGUUGAACGCCCUAACACUUGUUGGUGCGGUAAAUAA